AUGGACCCGCACAUCGAAGUCUGUGUGCGUGUUCUCCUCGGUAAGACCGGUGAGGCGUCAGCCGCAUUCCUCCGCGGUGAAGUAGCCAUCGCACUGGACGACCUCACACGCUCGGCCAACCCUACACGAUCUCUAUUGGCCCUCCUUCAACACGGUCUAGGACACAAGAAUCCUGCCGUACGUCGACAGUGUGCAAUACAGGUGUGUCAUAUCACUGAGCGCCUGGGCGGUGUGCGUAUUCUGCAGUCUGCAAACUCUGCCAGUCGGGGCACUUCAGGCGGUCUCUCCUCCUGGGGUUCAAUGCAUGCCAUGGGAUCUUCUGUCACCUCCUCCUCCGCCGCCGUCACCGGACCCAAUUCCUCCCAGGUGGUUGCUGAACGUGUCAUCCAUGCACUCGGCCAGUUUCUACUGGACGGUAACCAGGAGACCAGGUGA